AUGACAAGAUUACCGAACGAUAGCCUAGCUGGGAUCAUGAACGGGACCGGGCUGGCAGGUGAUACGAACGGUACGGCGACGGACACCUCACCGGCCGAGGCGGGCUGGCUCACGGUUCUCCCCGCCGAGCUGAAGGCGACGCUCGUCAGCCUGAUCGGGCUGGGGCUCGUCCUGGGGAACGUCUUCGUGGUGGUGGUGAUCCUGAGGUCCGCGGCGCUGAGGAACUACACGGGCUACCUGACCGUCUCCCUGGCGUGCGCCGACAUGUUACCGGGUCUCCUGGUCAUCCCCUUCAGCGUCCGGCCGGCCUGGACAGGCCACUGGACGUACGGACAGACGCUCUGUAUGGUGACGACAUACUUUUCCAGCGUCUGCGCACUGGCUUCUACUCUCUCAUUGGUCGGCCUGGCCGUCAAUCGGUACAUCCUCAUCGUCCACGCCAUGAAGUACCAGAGCAUCAUGGGCCCGAAGCUGUGCACGGCCAUGAUAACGGCGGCCUGGGUUCUCCCCGCUGUUAGCUUCGCUGUCUCCAUCUUCGGCGAUGGGAGGUUUCGCUACUUGCCCAACGCCAUGCUGUGUGCUCUGGACUUCGGCGGAGUGGUUCCACUGGGGUUCGCCAUCGCGUUCCUGGCUUCUGUAGUCCUGGUGGUGGGCGUGCUGCACUGUAAAGUGUACGCCGUCGCCCUGCGUCAUCUCAAGAACAUCUACCACUACAACCCGAAGGCUACGGAAGACAAGCUUCAGGGCGCCAAGACGACGGCCGCCAUCACCUUCGCGUUCUGCCUGACGUGGGUGCCGUACUGCGCCCUGGCCGUCUGGCAGCACAUGUUGGAGUACCCGACCCACCCUGACGUGGAGUUCGCCCUGCUGUGGCUGUACGGGUGUAACGGGAUCCUCAACGUCUUCAUCUACAGCGGGCUGAACAGGGCGUUCCGGGAGGAAGCAAAGAAAGUCAUCGUGGCCGUACGUACGUGUGCGCUGACUGCACUACCAGCCGGGCGGGUGGAUGUCAGGACACCGCCCGUACAGGCACGGGCUGGCAGCGGGGACAGGAGGCUUGUGGCCUGGGAGAACAUUGACAAGACAUCGGCGCCCGGUUUGGAAGAAAUCCCCAUAGCAGCUUCGCGGGAAAUGGGCAGGACAUUGACUAACACCACAGAGCACACAGAAGAGACAGUUUGCUAGUUCGUCAGUCGAUUUUUAUAGAUGUUUCCCCGUGUAAUAGUCAAGAUGGCAAGAAAAUCAGUCGAACCGGAACGUGGCCCAAGAAGAGGGUCAUCGUGGCCGUACGUACGUGUGUGCUGGCCGUGGUACCUGUAGGUCGGGUGGAUGUCAGGACACCACCCGUACAGGCACGGGCUGGCAGCGGGGGCAGGAGGCUUGUGGCCUGGGAGAACAUUGACAAGACAUCGGCGCCCGGUUUGGAGGAAAUCCCCAUGAAGCAGCUUCCAU